UGUUGCAAAUUGGUCCUUCCGGUUUGCCGUCCGUUUGCAUGGCGGCCCUCCGAUGGGGAUCUGAGAACUAGUCGGAUCUUGAGGAUCGGGGAAAGAGCGUUACAGACAUGGCUGCGGCUGAUGAGCCGGACGCGUUUGAGACCAUCGUUAUGGCUGAGGCGAGAUUUCAUUGUGAAGGCUACCAAGAGGGCUAUGUUGAAGGAAUGCAUGCUGGUACCAUUGAAGGAAGACUAUAUGGAAUACAACAAGGUGCCAAAAUUAGCUUAGAGGUUGGAUUAUACCUUGGCUUUUCAAUGAUGUGGCUAAGAUUGCUUCAAAAACAUUCAGAUGAUAAACACGGUAAAAAAGUUAAGGUGCUAGAGUCACUAAUAGAAAUGAUCCAGAAAUUUCCUUAUCAGGAUCCAACUUAUGACAGACUUCAAGAAGACCUAGAAAAAAUCAGAGGAAGAUUUAAACAGGUUUGCUCCCUGCUACAUGUGUCAUCUGAUUUCAGACUUAGUCAGGAAGAAACUGCACUUUCAUUUUGAAAUGAGCAUGAAUGGAGAAGAACUCUUUACCUGGAUUUAAGAACUGGUUAAGUCUCCUAAAAAGAGCAACCGUGUCUGAAAUAAUAUUUCAGAGAGGAAAGCUGUUUUUUCUGCAGUGGUGACAGUAUCAAGCUACCUUAGGGAUCUUGUUCUUUUCCUGUUCUAAUUGUAAUGCCAGAGUGUGUUUCUUCUUAACAAUUUAAUUAAGAGUUUAAUUUUUAAAAGGGUAUUUUAGAUACCAUGAGGAACUAUAAUUAAUUGGUAUCAGGCAUGAAUACAACAGAUGUGUUGUGCUUAUAGGUGCCCAUCAGUCCUCACACCCUCCUGCUUUCAUGCAUGGUGAUUGAAAAUUUCCUGGUUUGAUCAAGCUCCAGUUCACCAUAUGGUGCAAAUGCGUGGGCUGGAGUUCAUUCCCCACAAGCUAGGAUUCAGCUAAGAUUUUGGAUCCCAGUUUGUGGGGAGUGAACAAAUUCAAUGCAUGUUUGUUCAUUAGUACAUCCCAGUGAGUUGGGUUUGUUCAAUAUGGAAUUUCCAGUCAAGCUUCUUGUGCCAGAGAAAGUAUUAGACGUGAGAGGAAUGUGUGAAUACAGCAGACAAGCUGCUUUCAUGUCCCAAGGCCAACAAAACUGUUUAAUCACAGUUUAUUGUGAUGUCUGAAUUCAGCCUAAAUCUGAAAUAUCCCGUACAAAACAAUGCUGCUUAUAUUAAGUAGUUAACUUAUUUCGAAGUAUUCAGACAUGCUUAGGAAACUACUUUGAAAGCUUUCGUUUUAAAAAAUGUAUUUCCUAAAUUGAACAUAGUUUUUUAAAUAUUCAC